CCACUCAGCCGGGAGACCGAGGCGCUGCACUGAGCGCUCGCCGCCGCCCAGCCUCUCCUCGAGUGCCUAUCUCUUAGCAGGACAACCGGGAGUGAGAAGUGGUCCAGAUCCCGAGGGUGGAAAGGGCGAGUCUUUCUGGCUUCUCUCCUAUCUUGCCUCUUUCCCCAAUCUCCUUCCCACUAGUGUGCGAGCGAGUGUGUGAGCCAUGGAGCAAAGAGCCUGGACUCUGCAGUGUACUGCUUUCGCUCUCUUUUGCGCUUGGUGUGCACUGAACAGUGUAAAAGCAAAGAGGCAGUUUGUGAAUGAAUGGGCGGCGGAGAUCCCCGGGGGACCGGAGGCAGCCUCGGCCAUAGCCGAGGAGCUGGGCUAUGACCUUUUGGGUCAGAUUGGAUCACUUGAAAACCACUACUUAUUCAAACAUAAAACCCAUCCCCGAAGGUCUCGAAGGAGUGCCUUUCACAUCACCAAGAGAUUAUCUGAUGAUGAUCGUGUGAUAUGGGCUGAACAACAGUAUGGAAAAGAGAGAAGUAAACGUUCAGUUCGAAGAGACUCAGCACUAAAUCUCUUCAAUGAUCCAAUGUGGAAUCAGCAGUGGUACUUGCAAGAUACUAGGAUGACCGCAGCCCUGCCCAAGUUGGAUCUCCAUGUGAUACCUGUUUGGCAAAAAGGCAUCACAGGCAAAGGGGUUGUUAUCACUGUACUGGAUGAUGGCCUGGAGUGGAAUCACACAGACAUCUAUGACAAUUAUGAUCCAGAGGCUAGCUAUGAUUUUAACGAUAAUGACCAUGAUCCAUUUCCCAGAUAUGAUCCCACAAAUGAGAACAAACAUGGGACCAGAUGUGCAGGAGAAAUUGCCAUGCAAGCAAAUAAUCACAAGUGCGGGGUUGGAGUUGCAUACAAUUCCAAAGUCGGAGGCAUAAGAAUGUUGGAUGGCAUUGUGACCGAUGCUAUUGAAGCCAGUUCAAUUGGAUUCAAUCCCGGACACGUGGAUAUUUACAGUGCGAGCUGGGGCCCAAAUGAUGAUGGGAAAACUGUGGAGGGGCCUGGCCGACUAGCUCAGAAGGCUUUUGAAUAUGGUGUCAAACAGGGGAGACAAGGAAAGGGCUCCAUCUUCGUCUGGGCUUCUGGGAAUGGGGGGCGUCAGGGAGAUAACUGCGACUGUGACGGGUACACGGACAGCAUCUACACCAUCUCCAUCAGCAGUGCCUCACAGCAAGGCCUGUCCCCUUGGUACGCCGAGAAGUGCUCCUCCACUCUGGCCACCUCCUAUAGCAGCGGCGAUUACACCGACCAGCGAAUCACGAGCGCUGACCUGCACAAUGACUGUACAGAGACCCACACGGGCACCUCGGCCUCGGCACCCCUGGCUGCUGGCAUCUUCGCUCUGGCCCUGGAAACAAAUCCAAAUCUCACCUGGCGAGAUAUGCAGCAUUUGGUUGUCUGGACCUCUGAGUAUGACCCACUGGCCAAUAACCCUGGAUGGAAAAAGAAUGGAGCAGGCUUGAUGGUGAAUAGUCGAUUUGGAUUUGGUUUGCUAAAUGCCAAAGCUCUGGUGGAUUUAGCUGAUCCCAGGACCUGGAGCAGUGUGCCUGAGAAGAAAGAGUGUGUUGUGAAGGACAAUGACUUUGAGCCCAGAGCCCUGAAAGCUAAUGGAGAAGUUAUCAUUGAAAUUCCAACAAGAGCUUGUGAAGGACAAGAAAAUGCUAUCAAGUCCCUGGAACAUGUGCAAUUUGAAGCAACAAUUGAAUAUUCCCGCAGAGGAGACCUUCAUGUCACACUCACUUCUGCUGCCGGAACCAGCACUGUACUGUUGGCUGAAAGAGAGCGGGAUACAUCUCCUAAUGGCUUUAAGAAUUGGGACUUCAUGUCUGUUCACACAUGGGGAGAGAAUCCCAUAGGUACCUGGACUUUGCGAAUUACAGACAUGUCUGGAAGACUGGAAAAUGAAGGAAGAAUUGUGAACUGGAAGCUCAUUCUGCAUGGGACCUCUUCUCAGCCGGAACACACGAAACAGCCUCGUGUGUACACGUCCUACAACACGGUUCAGAAUGACAGAAGAGGGGUGGAGAAGACAGCGGACUCCGGGGAGGAGCAUCCCACACAAGAGAAUCUGAUCAAGAAGCCCCUGGCAUCAAAAAGCCCCAGCGGCGGCAGCAUGGGGGGCAGAAGGGAUCAGCUGGCAGACGGAGCCCAUUCCGAGGCCAUGCUGCGACUCUUACAAAGUGCUUUCAGCAAAAACUCACCCCCACAGCAAUCACCAAAGAAGUCGCCAAGUGCAAAGCUCAACAUCCCUUAUGAAAAUUUCUACGAAGCCCUGGAAAAGCUGAACAAACCUUCCCAGCUUAAAGACUCUGAGGACAGUCUGUAUACCGACUAUGUGGAUGUUUUCUAUAACACGAAACCUUACAAGCACAGAGACGACCGGCUGCUACAAGCGCUGGUGGACAUUCUGAGGGAGGAAAAUUAAAAUAAGGGUGUGGCCCUGAGUUGGAAAUAUUCAUGCUUCUUCCUUCUCUUUAGAUUUUGCCUGUGUCUGAUGUGGUUGUUUUUGUCAUGGAUUCUUAUGCUUAUAAUAUCCUUUGUGGUACUUUUUCUUUUUCUCUCCAAACUGGACAUUUGAAAGUGAUGAGCUCAAGCAGUAAAUCCAACUUCCUGAAUUAAUCGUAGCUCUUUCACGACACAUCUUCCCUGCCUGCACGAGUCAAAUGUUUUGUUCUUUCUGGAGCCACAGUUCACACACCACAUUAGAACGCCUCCUUGGGCCCUCCCAUUUCAUUUCUCAAAUGAAGAGGCAUAACCUGGGCAAUAGAUUAAUUUGAAGAAGUAAUCUGCAAAGAAUGAGAGAGAAAGAAAACUGUCCCUAUAGCUUGUCCCCUGUCUUUGCCAUGUGGUUCUUCUAAUUUUGGUGCCAAAGGAGGAUCUGGAAAGUCUCUAAUAAAGAGUUCACAAUUCGACCCAUUCUCUAGGCUUCUUUACUCCAAAGUACUACUCAUUCAGGGAGAGACCAUCUGGUCAUUUUAGGUAAAAGAUGGGUUAUUUAGAUCCAGAAACAGACCUUGAAAUCUGCAUUAUCUGAUUUGAGCAAUUUUAGAGCAUUCUUCUUUGCUCUGUGUGCCAUGGAGAGUCCUCUGUGGAGCUAAAGGCCACUGUGGCUCAUGCUGCGUGCUCUGUUCUUCCUCUAUUUCCCCUUCUGAAGGUUCUCCUUACCUGUCUUCUUUCUCAGCUGCAAACUAAGUACCGAGAGAACUAAUUUAUACUACUUUCUUAGAACAAACUUAUACUUGGGACUUAGCAAAUUCCUAGUCAUAAUUUUUUUUAACAAUAAUAAUAGAAAACCACUCAUAACAUGGAGAACCAAUGUAACGAUAAGAAAAUAUUCAUAGUAGGGAGAGCCAAUGGGAGGUUUUGUUUGUUUUUUAAGUUGUAUUCAUUAGAACAGGUUUUUCUGGAUCUUUGAAACUGAGUGUUCAUUCCUUGACACUAAAGGCUCUUCCCUAGUCUUACAGCUGAUAGCAUCUAAGCUUCGACUCAGAGGACUCAAGCUGGCAGCCCACAGGCCAAAUUUGUCCCUCAGGUAGAUUUUGUUUGGCAUGUAAAAUGUUUUUAAAAUGUGAGUGAUUAUUGAAAAUAUGAGAUCUCACAUUUCUGAUUCUCAGACCCAUCUUCCCUCAUGGCAACAGUUGGCUGGAGCUGAGUAGCAGCUGCCCAGCUAGACUUGAGUGCCAGGUCCCCAUGGCACUCUGCUCCAUGCUGCUUAAAGUGGCCACCUUACCGGCGAGCACUCGGUAGGCAUUUGAUUUUGCCCACUCCUGCACUAAACGAACAUGUACAACAUGUAAAUGCAUUAGGAAAAAAAUAUCCUUGACUUCUUUCAGGCAGGAUCUGUAUGGUAACCAAUAAUUACAAGAAUUUGCAAUGACCUAAUUAAUUUAUAGGCAAAAAUAAAAAGGUAUUUUAGACCCCCGAAAGUACCUGUAAAAUCUAGCCUGACAUAUUCGUUUAACCUCCCCUCACUUGGAUGCUCAUUGACACUAAUUCAUUAGCUGCCAGCCCACUAGCUUCCCAUUCUCUCUAUGCUCACAAGGGCUCUAGUCCCCUGCAAUGCUGGCAUUCUCCCGUUGAGUUUGCUGUGUGCAAUUCUUCCAUGAAGUUUGAACUUCCUAAGACCACACAUGAACCAGACCAAGAAGAGAACUGCAAUGAACUAGACCAGGAAGAGAACACUAGAGUCUGUCAUUUGCUUUGGUUUGAAGUGUGGUUGGUAAGACAAACUUUCACCCCCUAUUCUACCGUUUAAAUUUGUGCAGAACAAGGGCUUUCCAGAGCAUACUCAUGAUGCUUAGAGGAUGUUCUCCUAAAAGAAUUACAGUACCACUCUGUCCUUGGAAGUUUCACAUGUUGUUUGAUAUAAGGUGUUGGAUAGAAUUUUGAAUAUGAUAGCACGUCAAAAAAUUUGAAAGCUGAAAAGGACCAGAGAGUUAUUAGGAACAUUUUCAACUAAAAAACAAAGCUAAAGCCAAUAAAAAGUAAUAAAUGAAAACUCACCCUUUCCCCAUUCCUAAUUGAGUGCCAGUUGUAGGAAACCUUCUUUUUCAUCCUUCUAACAGUAUCUUUUCCUGCUUAAAACCCCAACCAACUCAUUGGAUUAUAGCCAAAGGUUCACUCUAGAGAAGCUUUAAAGUUUAAAUAAAGUCAUGGUUGAAUGUUUCCAACGUGGAGAAUAUUGUUUGGACAUAAAAUAUUUUUGUCAGUCUUUCUUAGUGCCUGUGUGGAUUUUUGUGAAAAUAUAAAAGAAGAAACUUAUAUAAUAUUUCCCUCGGAAUUUUGAACUAUAUUUUCUUUACAGGUAUUUAUAAUGUACCAAUGCUUUUAUCAAACAGAAUUUUAAAAGGCAUAAUAAAUUAUAUUAAAGGACCAAAAUUUUCCUGAGAAUAAGAAAGUUUCAUUCAAUAAAAUAUUUUUUGAAAGGCAUGUUCCUCUGUCAGUGAAAAAAAGUGUAAUAUGUAUGUGUUGUGAUAUUAAAAGUGACAUUUGUCUAUAGCUUAAUACAAUGUGUAGCUGAGUUUUACGUGUGUAGUCUCAGUACUCUUAAGGGAACUCCUAUAUUAUACACUUGAUGUAUUAACCAGAAUAUGUAAAAUAUGCUUAUA